AUGUCCCAAACUCUUACAUUCGGUGACUCAUGUGCACCGGUGACUUGUCAUGCAUGGAACAAGGAUAGAACUCAAAUAGCAUUUUCUCCGAACAACAAUGAAGUCCAUAUCUAUCAAAAGGAAGGAAAUGAUUGGAAGCAAACAAACAACCUGGUUGAGCAUGAUUUGAAGGUGAUGGGCAUUGACUGGGCACCAAACACCAACCGCAUUGUCACCUGCUCUGUUGACCGCAAUGCUUAUGUCUGGACCCAGGGAGAUGAUGGCAAGUGGACUACAACACUUGUCCUUCUCCGUAUCAACCGAGCUGCCACCUGUGUCAAAUGGUCACCCAUGGAGAACAAGUUUGCUGUUGGUUCAGGAGCCAGGUUAAUCUCUAUCUGUUAUUUUGAAAAAGAAAACAACUGGUGGGUGUCCAAGCACAUCAAGAAGCCAAUUCGCUCAACUGUGACCAGCAUUGACUGGCACCCAAACAACAUACUGUUGGUUGCUGGUUCAGCUGACUUUAAAGUGAGGGUGUACUCUGCAUACAUCAAGGAUAUUGAAGAUCAGCCUGGACCUAAUGUCUGGGGCACCAAGCUUCCUUUGGGACAAAUGUUGGCUGAAUUCCCGAAUUCACCCAAUGGUGGUGGAUGGGUGCACAGUGUGUCUUUCUCAGCAGACGGGAAUAAAGUUGCAUGGGUGGGACAUGAUAGCUCCAUAAAUGUAGCUGAUGCUACUCAAGGAAAAGCUAUCAUAAAAUUGAAGACUGAGUACUUGCCUUUCCUGGGAUGCAGUUGGGUAACCAACAACUCCCUGGUUGUGGCAGGACAUAGCUGCAUUCCUCUAAUGUAUUGCCAUGAAGGUGAUCAGAUUAAGUUUGUUGCCAAGUUGGAUAAUACUCAGAGAAAGGAGUCUGGUGGACUAUCUGCCAUGAAGAAGUUCCAGUCUCUGGAUCGCCAAGCACGCAUUGAAACCAAUGAUACUUUCCUGGAUUCUAUUCACCAGAAUGCCAUCACUUCCAUCCGCAUUUUCGAAGGUAGCAAGGCUAAUACCCAUAAGUUCAGCACCACUGGACUGGACGGACAGCUGGUCAUCUGGGACUUGGACUCCUUGGAGAGGUCCAUUGAGGGACUGAAGAUUGUUUAA